AUUAGGGUAUGAUAUAAUGGACUUCUACACCUUGCGUGGUGACCUAUUUGUCCAAUAAAGUGCCUUUUGGGAUUUCACCAGCCUCGGCUUAGUUGGCGUUACAUUUAUUGAUGACUGUGCGAGGCCGCUUUAUUGGCGUUUAAUCGGUUUAUUGUAAUUGAAACAAGUUUUUUGUGUGUGUGAAAGUAAAGUAAAUAAUAAUGGCGGGCCAGCUGUUGGAAGCGACGGUGAUGGUGGAGAGCCUGAGGGUGACCGAGCUGCGGUCUCUCCUCUCCGUUAUGGGAAAGGACAAGAGAGGGCUGAAGAAGGAUCUAGUGCAGAGAGCCAUCGAGCUCCUCCAUAACAACUUCCAUCCAGAGCUUUUCUCUGCUAUCCAGGAGCUCUAUGACCACCGUCACUACACUGUCAAAGCCAACAGUAGACGCUCCCAGGUUAUCACCAUGCAAACUGCUGUAGAGGUGGCGACUGAUCAUCCCAAGGAAUUCUGUGGGCCAGUUCCUAAACCUGAAGUGCACAUGAUCAAGCUUCCAUUCUAUCAAAUUCUGGAGACCAUCGUUGCUCCUGUAUCUCUAGUGCCCACAUUUGCAACUCUUCCACAGACCAACGUAAUCACGUUUUCUCUGACUAGAAGACAAUCAGCUCAGAUCAAAAACCAUCAGACCAAAGCUGGAAUGAUGUCCAUUCAAGUGGUGCUCAGAAUUUGCUACACAGAGAGUAUUGGUGUCGAAGAUGAUCAGUAUCCACCAAAUAUUACUGUUGUGGUUAAUGGCCAUCCCUGUCCUGUACAGGCUCACUACUCUUCCAGUGAAAAAGGAUUGGAGCCUUCUCAACCUUGUCGUCCAAUCAAUCUCACACCAUUUGUGAAACAGACCACUAUGAAUCGUGUUGUUGUCUUCUGGGAUAACUUUGGCAAGUUUUAUUCUAUGGCUAUAUAUCUGGUGAAGGGGUUCUCUUCAGCAGAUUUGUUGACACAGCUCCAGACAAAUGGAGUGGAGAGUGUAGAAUGCUGCAGACAAAAAGUUUGCGAGAAGCUGCGCAGUAAUCCUGAGAAUGAGAUCGCCACCACAGGGCUGCAAGUGUCCCUUACCUGUCCUCUGGCAAAAAUGCGCAUGUCUACCCCCUGUCGAGCGCAGACAUGUGCCCACCUGCAGUGUUUCGAUGCAGCCUUCUACCUGCAGAUGAACGAGAGGAAGCCUACAUGGACUUGUCCUGUCUGCCAUAAGCCUGCCCUCUUUGACACUCUACAGAUCGAUGGUUUGCUGAGUAGCAUACUCCAGUGCGCAGACAAGGACUUGAAGGAGAUUGAGUACCUGUCUAAUGGCUCUUGGAGAGCAGUGGGAAAGGAAAAAGAGCGCAGCAAAGCCACAGAUCUCUCCUCACUCAGCCACAAGAAUUCUGUGGUACGAGAUGUUGUGGAUCUAACUCGGUGCUCAUCUGACAGUGAGGAUGGUGGUGAGGCCAGGCAGACAGAAGAGAUUGUUUUGACGCAUGUAAAAAAUGAAAGUGUGCUUCUCCAAAGGCAACAUUCCUGUGAAGACAUGAGUGAUGCCUGGCAAAUUAUGUAUUUUUGUAGUUCUUAAAUUAUAUUCAUUCUAAACUCCAGUAUUGUGUAUACUGUAUAUGUUCAUUUCUUACUGUUCUGUUUGUUUCUCUUUUUAUUUACUCAAACUGCCAAACAGGUUAAAUAAAGGUUUGUUUUUAUAUCUGUA